AUGAAACCAGUCGCACUUCUCACAUCCUGUGUGGCUACAUUUGCCGUGCUUAAUGGAGCCAUUGCGGCCCCUUCAGCCCCCAAAGUGCUCCAGAUCCCCGUCACAAAGCACCACGAGUCUGCUGCUGAGGUCAACCGGACCCUCGCUCUAGCUCGUCGAGACGGAGCGUACACCGAAACGGUCCACAACAAGGAGUUCUGGUACUCCAUCUCCAUCUCGCUAGGAACACCGGCCCAACAGUUCAACGUGUUGCUGGACACGGGCUCGUCAGACCUGUGGGUGUUCAGCACGGAAGACUCGACCGACUGCGCUAACGGAGCCUGCGAAUUCACAGGCCAGUUCAACGCAAAGUCGUCUUCUACCUACCACUACCUCAACAGCGACUACAGCAUCACGUACGUGACGGGGUCGGCUCAUGGAGACUGGGUCACGGACUCGCUUUCGGUCGGCCCCGUGACUCUCAGCAACUUUCAGUUUGCCGUGGCCGACAAGGCGGUGGGCAAUACUGCCAUCUUCGGUAUCUCUCUGGAGGGAUCCGAGUCUCUGAACCAUGGACAACAGCCCGAGUAUCCCAACUUUCCCGUCCAGCUCAAGAACCAGGGCUUCAUCGACAGAAUAGUCUACUCUCUUUACCUGGAAGAUGUCAAUUCGCCCCAGGGCACUCUUCUACUCGGAGGAAUCGACUACGCCAAGUUCCAGGGUCCUCUCAAUGUGCUUCAGCUUCAGAACGCCAACGCUUUCCAGGUCGAGUACCAGGGAGUCGGAAUCAACGGAGCUGGGCCCUACGGACAGCCUCACGUGGCGGUUUUGGACUCGGGAACUUCAUACACGUUUCUGCCCGAUGACAUCUACUACACCAUCUUCGACCAGGUCGGACUAUCAAGUCAAGUGAACCAGAACACCGGUCUCAACUACGUCGCAUGUAACACACGCGUUACUCUGGCGUUUGAUUUCGGAAAUGGAGCCAUCAUCAAUGUCGACUCUAGCGAGCUGGUUCUCAAGCUGAGCGACAUUCUUGGUGAUCCCCACAACAACCAGUGCGUCUUUGGAGUCUCAUCCAAUGACAACACCCACGGUAUCACCCUUUUGGGAGACACCUUUCUGCGAUCUGCAUAUGUGGUUUACGACAUUGAAAACAAGGAGGUUGGUAUUGCUCAGGCAGUGUAUACCAGCAACUCCAACGUUCAGCCCGUCACAGGUGCUCUUGGAGGACAGGGUCAGCAGCAGAGUCAAGGUCAAGGUCAAGGUCAAGGUCAGGGACAGCAGAGUCAAGGCCAGGGUCAGGGACAAUAUCCCUGGGAUGGACAACCUUUUGGAUCAGGUUUCUUCUAA